AUGUCAACCAUGAAAGCAUUCCAAUUCGACGACGUGCAGAGCGGUCUCCAUUUGAGAACCGUAUCACGUCCCCAACCAGCGCACGGCCAAGUGAUCAUACAGAUCAAAGCAGCUGGUCUGUGUCACUCCGACUGCUUCAUCCUCCAAGACGAUCAAUACAACAUGAUCAUGAAGCGACCUAUAGUAUUAGGUCAUGAAGUGGCCGGGACGAUCAUAGAACUCGGUCCAGGAGUCUCAGAUUAUGAAGUUGGUGACAAGGUCGUGGUGGGAAUCCCCACGCAUCCCGUGGCUCAGGACAGCUUCAUCAAAGCCAUUGGGCUCGGCUAUGAUGGCGGUUAUGCAGAGCAGGCCAUGGCCUGGGUAGAGAAUCUCGUUCGGAUUCCGCCCGGUGUUUCUUUCGCACAAGCCGCUGUUGCGAACGAUUCGAUCGCGACCGCCUAUCACGCCGUGAUCACGGAAGGCCAUGUCAGUCCCAAUAGCAGGGUGGCUAUUGUGGGGCUGGGCGGGCUGGGUCUCUCUGCCAUUCAGAUUGCUGCUAUUCACGGAGCUCGGAUAUAUGCAGUGGAUAUUGAUGAGACCAAAUUCCCUCUUGCUCGGGAGUUGGGGGCCAUCGGGUGCGCCAGCGGACUUGAUAAAUUCGAGGAUAUCGUGUUUGAUACAGUGGUUGACUUUGCCGGUGCUGGCAUAACGACUGCGGCAGCAGUGAACGCCGUCAAGCCAUGCGGUCGCGUGGUAGUGGUCGGCCUGGCUGCGAAGCAGAUGAAUUUGGAUACGCAUUCAGUGAUUACCAGGAACAUUACUUUGCAGGGGUCGAUUGGCUCGAGCCUGGAAGAAUUAAAGGAGGUCUUGAGACACAUCGCCGACGGUCGUCUUUCUCCCAUUUUAGAGGAGAUUUCUUUCGACAGCAUCCCGCAGGGACUUGAGCGAUUGGCGCAAGGAAAGGUGACUGGUCGUUUGUUCACAGAUCCGACUGCAUAG